CAAAGUCUGAGAUAAAUAACUUAACAUUGUAUCCUGAAUUUUAGUUUUCAUUACUUUCAUAGGGUGUUUCGGUGCUUUUUUGGUUUGUAUUUUGUACACAUGAAUAUCUAUCUGAGUUUGUUGGUCGUCCUGAUCUGGUAUCGACUUUUUAGCCUGUUUGUAGUUUCUUAUGUCCAAAGAGUUUCGCUUCUAGAGAGGACGUCGCGGAAAUCCCGGAACUACAAGUGCCCCAGCGUUGCUUAGCUUGUCCAGCUCUUUUUCGGGAUGGCCACCGCGCCACAGUCUUCUUUUCAAAUGAGAUCGGCUGAUCUGAUCAGAAAAGAGGCCCUGGACUAUGGAGGGUUUGGAGACGUUUACCUGUGCUACCAUGUAACCCUCGGCCAGGUGGUGUUGAAGACCAUGUAUACAGGCCCUAUUCGCAACGAGGAGAAUAAAAAGUCGCUGCUGGAGGAGGGGAACAUCAUGGCCAGCCUGAACCAUGAACGAGUGGUGAAGCUGCUGGGUGUGAUCAUGGAAGAAAGAGACUGCUCGCUAGUAAUGGAACUCCUCCCCAGAGGCAAUCUGUCUGUCAUGCUAGAGACGGUCUCCGUGCCACUAUCCAUCAAGUGCAGAAUCGUCUUAGAGGUUUUGGAAGGGAUGAUUUACCUGACAGAGAGACACGUCAUACACAAGGACAUCAAGCCGGAAAACAUUUUAGUUGACAAGGAUUUUCACAUCAAGAUUGCAGACCUUGGCCUGGCCACCUGCCUGACAUGGAGCAAACUCACAAAGGAGGAGUCCAGCAAAAGGAGUCGUAAAGCGCGCUCAGCAGGGACGAGAGCGGCUGGGACACUGAGCUACAUGGCCCCUGAGCACUUGGAGAGUAUACACACAGUCUCCACUGAGAAGUCUGACGUCUACAGCUUUGCAAUCGUAGUUUGGGUCAUCGUCACAGGGCAGGAGCCGUAUGCAAAUGCAAGGAGUGAAGAACACAUCAGCCAGUGCGUCCGUAACGGGGACCGACCUGCAGAGAACCUUGUUCCAGAAGAUACGCCUGUAGAGAUCCUUCAGCUCAUGAAGAGGGGCUGGGAUCACAAUCCGGUGCAAAGGCCAACAUUUAAAGAGGGAUAUGACUUCCUGAUGCCUUUCUACAUUGAAAAGCUUGAACCUCUUGUAGAGGAAGAUUUACAGGAGCUGAGGAAAUUAUAUGAAGGCCCAGAGGAACUUGUUGAGAAGAUGAAAACUCUGUCAAUGACCCAGGAAUGUUUUUUGCCAGAUUGCCCAGCUCCCUUGAUGAGUUCAGACAGAAGUGUACCUGGGCCAGUUGAAGCCAGCAUUGAGGACAUGCAUGACAUCCAAUAUGAGCAACCUCUUCAGACAGACGCAAAGGCAUUCAGAAGCCCUUCAGCUUUGGAGGAGAAGCUGGCUCAGGAGCUUCAGUACCACAAACAUGGCAGCUACAACCAGCUUGAAAUCUAUCAAGGCAACCCAAAUCCUUUCCUGCAAAACCACUUCAGCAAUUCAGAUCAAGCUAUCCAGCAACCAGAACCAGACAAACCUUCUGGUGCAUCCUCUGUCCAAUCAUGGACAAAAGCUGAGCCAGUGCAGCCCACCAGCCAGGAGGAGGCGUAUCGCCCUACUGCUGGUCUCUAUAAUUCCAUGAACUCCUCCAUACCUUCUCCAUGCCACUUUCCAAUGUCUGCCAGCAGCCCUUCUCUAUCACAAUAUAACCAGCAACAUCCACACUCCCACUAUGACCGCCAGCAGUCCUGCCCAGUUUACCCAGUGUCGGAUACGUCUGCUCCUGAUAUCAAGCCCGGGCGUCUCCUAGCACCCUCAAAGAGCUACUCACCACAAGAUCCAGGAUCUCUUUUCAUUCAGAAUGCGAGCGGGAUCCAGAUUGGGAGCAACAACUUGAUGAGUAUCAGAGGUCACGAGGCCUCCAAUAGUUUGAUGUCUCUGCCUUCGAAUGCCUCAGCACACUCUCCCAUCAAAGAAGGCAUUUUGAAAUAUGAGGACAAUGCCGUGACCGAGGGUCACCUGGACAUACUGAGGGACAACAUCGGUAAAAAAUGGAAGGGAUGUGCACGGCGACUGGGUCUGAGCAGUGUGGAAAUAGAGACCAUUGAGCACGACUGUUUCCGUGACGGCCUCCCCGAAAUGGUGCAUCAGAUGCUGGAUCGGUGGAAAAUGAAGGAGGGAAGUAUUGGCUGCUCUAUUGGGAAGCUUUGUCGUGCUCUGGAUGGUCACAUAAAGAUAGAUGUCAUCCAGAAAAUAUUGGACUCCUGCAGUUCUUCCUCCUAGAUCUGAUAAACGUUCUACCUCUGACCCUCUGCUCAUGAUGGUCACAUUUUAUUAACCAUUUGCAACAUUUAAAGGCUCUCUCAACCAAAAAGUAUACUAUUUUCUGAUUUAUGGGACGCAUUUGAAAUACCUUCUCUCUCGCAACAUGUGUCUUGCUCAAAGCAUUGAAAAUGGCGAAAACUGAAGAGCUCACUUGACUUCUUCACUGAAAUGUUUCCUUUGUUACUUUUUUAAAUCCUCACAGCUCCCUGUGAACCGUUCUCACUUUCUGGUACUCACUCAUUUUGAGAAAUUGUUACCCGGACUUGACUUUUAUUGUGAACGUUUUCAAAUGACUAUACAUUUUUCUAGCAAGACAAGCUUGUUCAAAUUUGAGGUUUUUCUUAAUAUGGAAUUUCAAAAUCAGUUUUAAAAGCAAUAAUAGCCUGAAUGAUUAGUAUAUUAUGCAUAUUGCAAACAAUGUGUUACAGUUGACACAUGAGACAAGUCUAAGCAAGAGUUAUUACAAAAGUAAUGUUUUUUAUAUAAAAUGUCAAUUAUGAUUGUUUUUUUUUGUGCACGGUUACUGUAGCUUUAAGUGAAUAUUAACUCAUAUUUAGGGACAAUCAAAUAGUGUGUGGUAAACAUUUAUUCCAUCCCAACACAAAAAGAAAGACUUCAAUCACAGAACAUGCAGGGUCAGCUACUCUGUAAGAAUGUAAGAAGCUGAAAACACACGGUAUGUAUUCACAGAAAGACAGAACAAGUCCACAAAUACAUUUGCAUUUUUGUUGUCAUCCAUGUGUCCAGUGGGAAUCAGUAGACACUCAUGAGAUGAGUAACAUUUCAUUUCAAACCUUUAUUUAACCAGAUUGGUCCCAUUGAGAUCAUACUGUAGAUCUCUUUUUCAAGGGAGACCUGCAGCAUAUAGGUUCCACAUGAAACCUAAAACAAUAAAGGACAUCAUACAUUAUAUUUACAGGAUACAUUUACAUAGUUAUAGACAUUUACAAGUGCCCAAAGUAUCAACGAGCAUUUAAUUUAGUCUAGCUUUAAAAACAUGCAGAGAUUGCUCAGUUUCAAUUCUUGCUGAAGACUGUUACAUAAAGUCUGUCUCCUUCAGCUUGAGACCUGCUGUAGAUUAUCUUCUUACAUUUCCCCAAAUCACAGUAAAGGUGCAUUAAUUGGCAUUGAGCUAUUCCUUUGAAUGAUCAGUGUGUGGAUUUACUCUCAUGAUAUCAGAUUGUCUUUAAACUGAUACGCUGCUGUGAUGUACUGUAUAGCAUCAAUUAUAAGAUUUUAUGUUUUGUUCCUUUUCAUUACAAAAUGUUGUGAUAAAAAAAAUGUCUUCACUGUGUUCUUCUUCAACAAGUUUUACCCAAAACCAGUUGUAUUUUAAAAGCCAUUUUGAUAUUCUAAAUAAACUGAACAAAUGUUUAUAAAA